AUGCUGGAGUUCAAAGCGGCCCUCGGCUUACCGUUCCUGAACCUUCACCAUGAUGGAUGGACGACUGCAAACGAAAGGGUUGGGGCUACGGGGACUUUGGCUUCGUUCAUCGAUGCAUUGUGGACGUUUCACGAGGUCGCACUUCUCCUCACCAUUGGGCACACUUCUCAUGCGUCCGCGGAUUUCACGAUCUCGGACACCACGGUCAGCGCCCGCAAAGUUUCCAAGCUCUUUGAAGAUUCGCAGCCGACCGACUGCAUGAUGCAUACGCUGAAUUUGUGCCUGCAGUACGCCAUGGGCAUGCGCGUGAACAAGGAGACCGUCGAAGUCUUCGACCCCAAGACCAACUCCCGCAAAAGAGAGCAACGCUACGUCACGGUUGGUGGUGUGUUCGAGGAAGCCCGCGAUCUGGUGAAGCGCGUGCAUGCGCUGAACAACUACUUCAGGACGGAACAGCGCUGCAAGCGCUUAGAAGCCGUACAAAGCUUCUACUGCCUGCCGAAGCUCGCGCCAACCCUGGACUGCGAUACACGGGUCGCUUUCACAGUGAAGCUUUUUCAGCGCAGUAUCCUGAACUACUCUGCGUUCCGCGGCUACUUCCAGAACCCAGAGAAGGGCGACGACGCCACGGUGUUCACCAAGUUGACCAUGGACGAUUGGCGUCUCAUGGCUGAAAUGGAGGCCAUCGUUGGCUCGAUCGCUGACCUCGCCCGGAUUGAAGUGCAGCGCCAUGAUCUCGUGUCGUCGGAGCUGAUCGUCCUACUUAAGUUUGCAGCAGACCGCCUCUACAGCAACGUCUUUCAAGUGUACAAUCUGGAUGCUCCGCGAACCACGACGACAACCGUCGCAUCUUUCCCACGCUCGCCCAACUUCGAUCUUGUUCCAUCCGUGGACGACGACAAGGUCAUUUGCGGAGCUCCGAUCGCGGUAACCAAGCCCACCACCACUUCGAAGACGAUCCAGCAUGCUCAAGCGGACAAAGUGGUGGACGAGUGGCUGGAGUACACGGUGGACUGGGUGUCGGUGGCGUGCCGUUACUCGGCAGACGAGAACAAGUCCAAGGACGACUUUACGCCUCUCAUGCUGGUUCGGCGCAAUGGAGUUGUCUGCUGGCGCGUGGAAGCUGUCUGCGAACAUGUAGACAUCCUGCGCUGGUUCCGUGAGUCCGCCAGUGGGCGAUUUCGUGCCAUUGCCGCCCUUGCGCGGGUCUGGUUGGGGAGAGCUCCGUCAAACGCUUCUCAAGAGCGUGUUUUCUCGACGGGAGGGUUCGUGAUAAAAAGACUUCGUACGAGGACGGAUAAUUUGCACGCUGAGAUGCAGGUGUUGUUGAAGCACAACAAGAAGGAGAUCCGUCGCAUGGAGCUAGAGAGCAACAGCGCGUGA